CGCCUCGCCGCCGCCCGGCGGGUCCCCCCGGCCCGGCCCGGCCCUCGCGGCGCCCUACGGCCGCGCCGGCCCCGCGGUGACCCGGGGCGGCUCCCCUUCCCGCCCCCACGUCCCCGGCGGGGCGGAGCCGCCGCGGCUGUCAUGGCGUCGCGGGCGCUGCUGGCGGAGGAUCAGCCGCUGCGGUGCCAAUAGAGCGCGGCGGAGCCGGCGGGCCGGGUAUGGAGAGCCUGGCGCAGCCCCCGCCGCCUCCGGGCUCGCUGAAGAGCGGCGGCGGGGGCGCUGCGGGCCAGCUCCUCCCGGCGGAGGCGGCGGCGGCGGGCGAGGGCGGCGGCAGGGACGGGCCCGCGGCGGCUGAGGAGGGCGGCGGGCAGCCCGGCCCGGCCCCGCCGCCGCCCCCCGCCGCCGCCGAGGGCAGCGCGCCGCCCGCCGAGGGCGCGGGGCCGGGGAGCCCCGCCGCAGAGAGCGGCCCCGCGGAGGCCGGCUCCGGCAGCAGCGGCGCCCCCAGCCCGCCGGGGGAGGAGUCCCGCAGCCUCGACUCGCUGGAGUCCUUCUCCAACCUGCACUCCGGCUGCCCCAGCAGCUCCGAGCUCAACAGCGACGCCGAGGAGGCGGGCGCCGCCGCGGGGGGCCCGGCCGCGGCGCCGGCGCCGGCGGGGGAGAGGCCGGCGGCGGGCUCGCAGCUGCUCUCGGCCUCCAAGGAGCGCUUCCCGGGGCAGUCGGUGUACCACAUCAAGUGGGUGCGCUGGAAGGAGGAGAACACGCCCGUCAUCACGCAGAACGAGAACGGCCCCUGCCCCUUGCUGGCCAUCAUGAACGUGCUGCUCCUGGCCUGGAAGGUUAAGCUGCCACCAAUGAUGGAAAUCAUAACGGCUGAACAGCUGAUGGAAUAUUUAGGAGAUUAUAUUCUUGAUGCAAAACCUAAAGAGAUAUCUGAAAUUCAGCGUCUAAAUUAUGAGCAGAACAUGAGUGAUGCAAUGGCGAUUCUGCAUAAGUUACAGACAGGCCUGGAUGUGAAUGUGAAGUUCACAGGUGUGCGAGUAUUUGAGUACACACCUGAAUGCAUAGUGUUUGAUCUUCUUGAUAUCCCUUUGUACCAUGGAUGGUUAGUGGACCCUCAGGUUGCUGACAUUGUAAAAGCGGUUGGUAACUGCAGUUACAAUCAGCUAGUGGAGAAGAUAAUUUCUUGUAAACAGUCAGACAACAGUGAACUGGUUAGUGAAGGAUUUGUAGCUGAGCAAUUUCUAAAUAACACAGCCACACAGUUGACAUACCAUGGGCUGUGUGAAUUGACUUCAGCUGUCCAGGAGGGAGAACUUUGUGUGUUCUUCAGGAACAACCAUUUUAGCACCAUGACCAAAUAUAAGGGUCAGCUUUACCUGCUGGUGACAGACCAGGGUUUUCUUACAGAAGAGAAAGUUGUUUGGGAAAGCUUACACAAUGUGGAUGGCGAUGGAAAUUUCUGCGAUUCUGAAUUCCACCUACGGCCUCCAUCAGACCCUGAAACUGUCUACAGAGGGCAGCAGGAUCAAAUAGAUCAAGAUUAUCUGAUGGCAUUGUCUCUACAACAAGAGCAGCAAAAUCAAGAGAUUAACUGGGAACAGAUCCCAGAAGGAAUCAGUGAUCUGGAGCUAGCGAAGAAGCUCCAGGAAGAGGAGGACAGGCGAGCUUCUCAGUACUAUCAGGAACAAGAACAAGCAGCUGCUCAGGUCCAGCAGGUGCAAGGUGCUGCUUCUCCGGCAAGUGGAAGACAAUCUGGGAGUAGUGAACGUAAACGUAAAGAGCCUCGAGAGAAGGAGAGAGAAAAAGAGAAGAAUAGCUGUGUUCUCUUGUAACAGGAAAUGGAUUUAGUCUGGAGCCAAGUGCAUGUCCUCAGAAGCAAAAACAAGGAGUGAAAAGGAAGACAAACCCGUUACAUGCCGCCUGUGCCUGAUUACCCCAUGGAUUUUGUUCACGUUUCAGGAGAGGAUGGGUGACUUUGUUACAAUCAUACAGACUUUCUUCAAAGUCAUAGUGCGUGCUGCUUGAGAUGGAAUUCCAAAUCACAGUUGGAUGCGGCUGUGCUUUGAGUUAGUCAUAAGAAAUAUUGCACCUUGUAGCUGAACACACAAAUCAUGGCAAGUUUUGUGUCAUAGUGACAUGCAUUACUCAUUACAUCAGUUAGUAAGCUAUUUUAUCUUCUACUCUAAACAAAGGAAGUAAUUGGUUUUGUGUCAGACUUCUUCCUGAAGUCUGUACAUUAGCACAACAGAAUCCUGUUACUUUAAUGGUAUGAAACUAUACCUUAUGCUGGGUAUUCAUAACACAAGAGCCCAAUGAACAGCUGGGCACUGCCUCCUCAAUGUGUCCGGGUUUCUUUGCUUCUGGAUCUGGUAUGUUCGGUUUUUUGAACCCAGAUUUAUACUGUGUUAGUGGUAUCAUUGCACCCCCAGCCAGCUUUAUCUUGCCCCAUGAAUAUGUGAUUUGGUAGGUGUCAUACUAAAAUUAUGUAUCAUAGAAAAUGGGGCAUUUAUUAAUGAGCAAGAUGAAUAUUAUUUGCUUUUCUUGCGAUUAAACCUGGGUAUGGCAACUCAGAUGUUAUCAGGGUUAAACAUAAUUUUAUAGAUAAUUUUUUUUUCCUUUUAGUAUUUUUUCUCUUGUAGGUAAACUGGACCAGAUAAGUUAUUUAUUGACCUCUCCGUAUGAUAAGCUAAUGAUGAGAGGAAACUAAGGUCUAUAAUAAUCCUUAUUCUACAUAAAAAUGCAGAAUUCAAAUAACUAUCUGCCUUUUUUCCAGAAGUACCUUGAUCUUUAACAUGACGUUAAUGUGUCCACUUGUAUAUUUAAGCAAGUGUACUGUAGUUAAAUACACAUUUUUUGUUUGUUUUCUAAAUCACGUAUUCUUAAAAAGCACACUUUUGAAGGGUGAGAGAGAAGCUAGGCUGCUCUCUGAGAUUGUUAGGAAAGGUAAUCAGGUGUAAUAUUUUGUUUUUUAAAUCACUAAUUUAGAAUUUUUGAGAAACUUCUGUAGAAACCAGAUUUUUCUAAUUUAUGGGAACCAAAUAAACAUGUUGCAUCUUGUAGUAUUUAUAGAAUACAGAAACAGAAUACUUACUGAAUUCUGAGGGAACCGUAAACCCUCCUCCACUUCCAUCAAGUCAAUAACAAUUACCUUCUUGCUGAACCUUUUUGAUAAAAUUUAUAUUUAGCAAUUUGUAGAUACUUUUGAAAAAGGCUGCUUCUCCUGGACAAGUUCUGAUUCAUGCUCUAAGCCUGGGUAAGUGCAUUAGUAUACACUAGUCUGGGACAGCCAAGGCAGCCAGCUGGAAUAUGACAUUCCUACUUAUGGAGGUUUGAGAACGUCUGGAAGAGAGUUUAAAAUUCUUGAUGUCUGAACACAAGUCCACAGGUAAAAAGCUGCUUUAAAAUUGUUUGAAGCAGACUUGCUGCUGUGACUGGAAGCAGUCAUCACACAAAUCUGUUACAAACCUAGAAUGAGAAUUAGACUGAUAAAGAAUGAAUGUCUUAUAUUAACUAAAGGGCCAGUCCGGUUCACUUUUUUUCCAUGCCUUUUUUCUUUUAUUUUUCACUUUUGUUACCAUUUCCUUUUUAUAAUAAUGAAGUAAUGAAUAGUAGAAGAUCUCUAAUUAAAAAAAAAAACAAAUAUAAAAAAAUUCUCUAUAUUCUCUAGAAAAGUCAUGCCCAGAAGAGUCAUUUUAAUACUUAAUAUAUGCAGUUUAGAUAACUUGCUAUGUCAAAGCAAAGGUUGACUUCUUUUUCCUUUGCAGCAGCCUAACUUCUUCAAACAAAUUAAUGUGAAGGAGGAUCACCAACAUAAUGACUUGUCUACUUUGAGCAGAACAGAAAAUAUUUCAAUAUAAUAGUGUCAAUAACAAAGACUUUAAGCCAGAAUGUUGUUUAAAAACAUUCUGUUACUAAGAUUUUUCCAAAUUUGUGUAUUUACAUUUAUUUAUUGCCCUUGAAAAAUAAAUAUGUCAAGCUAAGUGUUUGUUAUCUUAUUAUUUUUCAGUGACAGUAUUGCCACUUCAAAUUCCUUUUUGAACAAAUUUAACUUGAGCACACAUUGUGGCUACCAAGUGUAUCAUUUUGCCCAAGAUAUUUGCUAGUAUUAGAAGAAUUCGUGGAAGAUUUCCAGUAUAUCAGACAGAUAUGCCUGCAACCUAAUAUACUGUAGUGAUAGUAGUAAUAUCAUUUGGUUACGAGGAGAGAAAAGUUAAAUGUCAAUGCUUAUCUUAAAGUCUGAACUUCCCAGAUAACUCAGUUUCUCCUUCAAUAAAGGAGUAAAGGGUUUCAGAUUAUUUGAGAUGACAGACAUGUUGUUCAAACAGUUUUCUAUUAAUAUCCUUUUUCUUUACAGGUCUUGAAGCUUUGGAAAAAAAGGUAAAGAAUUUCUAAUAUCUAGGGCAUUGUUUUCCAUGAGUUAAGCUUGUUAGUGGUAAGAGUUAUAAGCAGAUGAGCUUGUUAGUAUCCAAAAUGAAAUAUGUUGAAGUUUAAUGUCCUAUUGUGACUAAACAUUCCAAAAAAUACUAGCUCAGUUGGUAUCAAUGCUAGCAUCUGAUGAAUCCAAAAAAUGAUUGGACUACAGCCUUGAACUGCUUUUAUCUGUAAUAGUGAACAUGGAAAACAACAUUAGAAAAAUCUUAUCGAUUACCAGUAAGAUGAUGUGUAUUUCUGGUUUCUUUACUUUAUUUGCUGUCUUUUUCAAAGCUCAUGUUCUGGAGAAGGGGCACAGAUUUAUAUUUUAAAUCUGUUUAUCCAGUUAGCAUGCACAUGCUCUAAAGGUCUACACAAUGUAUAUUAAGUUGUCCAGAAAAGUAGAGUAGAAUUUGUAUUUAGCUAGAUAAAAGCUAGCACAGAAGACACAGAAUCAUAUAUUUUGUUGCUGCAUUGUAGUUGUAUCAAAAGCUAAAGAAGUAUUCUUAAAAAUAGCAAAAAAUCAAGCACUGCCAUGGUAUGAAAUGGUUUUCUAAGAGGCACCUUAUGAAUGCUCAAAUCUACCAUUUUUCUUAAGUGAUAUUUAUGUGGAAUCUAAGACCCAACAGAGCAGAUCCAAAUGAAGACUGUAAUACCAGAGAAUGAAAUUAGCACUCCUGAAAAUUCACUUAAACACAAUGCAAAAAAAAUUUUGUAGCAAGCCAUCUAGUCAAUAUAAUAAAUUAUGUGUUCAGAUUGUCUUUACAGAUCUGUUCUUGUGGAUUACAGACACACAAGCUAAAAGUGAAUCAUACGCUCUUCCGCAUAAAGUCACAUUGGAUUGCCAAUCAAUCUGUCCACUCAUUUGAUACUUCACAUUAUUGUUAAAUGUUUCUUCAAACUUGUAUUCACAGGUUCUUGAAAAAUUCUUCCCUUAUGUAAUAAAAGGCAAUUUGACUUCUUGAAAUUGAAUCUUUUGGUGUAUUCAGCAGGAAGUAUUAGAGUAAAGGGUGAAGCUGAUCUGCUUUUAACUGAACGUUUUUCUUUCCUACUAUACUAGAUCUAUAACCCAAAGUAGCUCAUUGCUUAAAUCAACUCUCUUACCAUUGGAAUGCUUAUCACAGUCAAUCACUGAAGUUUAUACGAAGUCUAAACUUAAAAACACAUACUGAAUGAAUUAAGAGCUGUACGUAUUUUAAAUAAAAGUAAACUUUUUUUAAGGUUGUAACCUUAAACAGCAGGUAACUCGAGAUAUGCAAGUUAAUUGCUGCUGUGUCUUCAACAUAAAAUAUAGGGAAGAGCAGAAAUAACAAACCUUAGUUUGGUUGCAAUAUAAUGCUCAAAUAUUUCUCCAUACAUGCUAUGAGAAAAUGUCCUUGGUAACAUGAAAAAUCUGUCACUGAAAAAUGUCUAUAUAGCCAAGAGUGAUGCCAACAAUGACAAGCAUCAAUGUAAGAAUUUAAAUGUGUUUCAUCUUGUGAUUCAAUAUAGUUACUUAAUUCCGUUGGGCUUCUUAAGCGCAUGCAGCAAUAUAAUGGUAGCACUGUUAUUUUGAGUGGGAAAAUUUGGUGAGGUGAAUGUCACUUUCUCAUCCAAAUUCAGUUAUGUAGUAGUCUAUUUGAUCUUAAUUUUCACAGUAUUUCUGUAUAGCCCUUUCUUGUUAACAGCUUGUUCUUACAGUUGUCCAGUAGAAAAGCAGUGCUUUUAAGCUCACCUGUCCUCUGCUCUGAAAAGGAGGAUGGAGAGGGUGGGGAGAAUGCAUGGGAGGAAAGCAAGGUAGGAACAUAAAGGUCUCUGCACCACCUACUUUUCUUGAGAUUGUUUAGGGAUUUGCCCUUAAUUUUCCUAUUAGCCACUGGUGUGGCUAGAGACAGUUUUCUCAGCUGUAUCUAGCUGCAGUAUAGCAUGUACUGGCCAAAUCUCCUCACCCAAGUCAUGACCAGCAUGCUCCCUUCUUAGGGGGUUGGCAGUGUUUGUCCCUGUACAUGCACUUCACUCUCACAAUGCUUCUAGGUCAAGACUCUUUUAACCCUCUAACAACUCAAAAAUUUUUAUUAAAUGUCAGUCUUCUACUGCUUAACUUCAGUCAUGAGGUCAGCUCUAUCAUUAUGAGCUCUCUUGACCUUAAAGUUACUUCUGAAGAACUUGCUGAAACUUGGAAGUUCUUUACUGCCUUUAACAUUAUUUUCCUGGCUUGUAGGAUUACUCAGUUUGUGGAGAAGCUUCAUGUGUUGAAAUGAGGAAUUCCUUGGCCUUUGAGUUAAAGAACUUUUUCUAGUUAAGUAUCUGUAGAAGUCAAGAUCUCAUGUUCACUUGUACUUGACAAUGUAAUUUUCAACAAAAUGCUGUUAGGCCUGAGAAAUCCAUAGGGAGGAAUUCAGAUAAAAGUUUGUGUACUCAACUGAAAAGUACUAGUUUAGUAUAAACAAUAUUCUUACAAACUAACUUAUUUUAACAGUAUGGUGAAAAUGAAGACAUCUAUUUCUCUAAAUGUAAUUUGUUGGUGAAACAUAAAAUAAGACACUACAAAUGUUUUCAUAAUUAGUUGAGUUAUAAAUUUAAGGAAGCAGAUGAUGGUGAUGCGGCUAGCAGUCCUGCUGGGGCCCAGAGUGAGUGAAAUGUGAUUAUUUGAUAUAGUCAAACACAAAGUCAAAUGUACUUAUAUCAGGGGAGGGGGCGACACCACAAAAAAUUUUUUUUAAUCUUUUGGGGAACUGUCCACAAUUGUCCAUCCAUUGGCACUGAUACAAUUUCAGUUACGUUCCAUCCAGCUUUAGUGUUGCACAUUCUGAAAUUCAUAAAUGUGGGAAAUGAUCUACCUUGUGGUUCAUGAGAAUGCCUUUAGAUCAUGUAAAUUUAGAAUCGCCUUAGCAAAAUCACUAAGCUGGAUGAAGUAAUGCUGUGGUACUUGAAGUCUAUCUCACUUUGAGUUAACACUCUUUUUUCUUAUUGAAGUCUUUAGUAAAACUUGCAUAGACUUUUUGAGUUAGACUUUAGUUAUAAUUUUUCAAUUACAAAGUUAAGAUGAUGCUAAGCAGUCUUGAAAACUUCACCUGAUUGUACAAUCUUGCAUUUUUUACAUUUUUUUUCUAAAUGUGUUUCAGGAAAAAAAAGAGAUAAUAGAUAUUUUGUCUGAACCUUCUGUUUACUUUUGUUCUGAUUCACUGGCAUGUACCAAGGAAAGGGCCUAAAACUGCAAUGAGAAACAACAAAUGUUACGUGGAGGUAAAUUUAAAUCAGCUGAGUAAUUGGCACUUUUAGGAAGCUUAUUUAUAUUUUAGCAAAUGUUAAUGCACAUCCUUGGGUUUCAUUAUAUCUUGUUGGGGGGAGGUCUGCAAUAAAAACAUCGAAACUUGGACAAUUCUUAAUCCCAUUAUAUGAACUGAUCAUAUCUGGCCAUUACUAUUUGCAUUGAAUAGUCUUUCCUAGAUUUGCUUAUGUGGUGCAGUCUGUGAAGCUGAGGAGUAAACUGCUUAUCCUUGUAAUCUAGUUAUAGCAAACACUGGCCAACAUCCAGAUAUUAAUAUUUCUACCUUCAGAAACAGAAAUACUGACAGAAAGUGAGUGUUUACAUUUACCAACUCUGCUUUUAAAUACUAGAGCUGUAGAACAGUUAAAGAAAACUAAAUAAAGCUGUCUGCCAUUGCCAAAACAUUCUUUAAUUUGUCCUUUGUCAAAAAAUGAGGAAAACAUAGAAUUGGCUAUAGAAUAAUAUUAGUGAUGUUAUCCUUUGCAUCUCUGUGAUCUAUUCAACUUCUGUUGAAAAGUAGUCUGAUUUGGUGCCCUAAUCCUUUACUGUACCUUCAUGCAGCUCAUUGAACAGGACAUAGUGUAACUAGACAUAACCAUGCCAUCUUUAUCUAGCUAACGCUAUCAGUUUUAAUACUGAGGACAUGACAACAUGGACUUCAUGGUAUAAUGUCUGAAGUCUAAGUACAUACUUAAGUCCAUAAUACAAUGUAUUAUUAUAUGUACCAGCUAAAAUAAAGCUACUGUGAUUGUCCAUGCUAUAGUUGCACUUGCUGUGAAAGAACUGUGGAAAAUCAGAUGGCUGCUUUCCUAAUAUACUUCGAAACUACCUUGAAAUGUUCUUCAUAAUACUGUCUGUACUUAUUACUGUAAUAAGGCUAUACAGAAUGUAGUAUUAUUUUUAAAAAAUUGAUUUUGUAAGAUAACGUUUAGCAAUAUAUGUUGCCAUCAGCUUUUAGAACUCUAACAAACUGCCUCGUCAGUAACAAGCCCAGGCUGUAGAGAUUUCACUGGAAGGAUUUAGUAAAUAUUAGGAACAGAAUUAAUCUGAAACAAAAUACAACUUUAUUUUUCACUGUGGUUUGUCUUGUGAAUUGGAACAGUUAACAGUUCAGGGCUAUCUUAUAGUCACAGUAAUUAGUGGUGGCUGAAAGAGUUUUAGGAUUUUUUUAAAACUUUCCUAGCAGUAUUGCAAUACUCUUAACACUUGUCCUAAAUCAUUCUUACUAAAUGUCUGUCUAGUCCAACCGCAUACUGCCAGGUAUAGGCAUGAGGAGGAAACUGAAAUAUGACAUUUCAGUGUACACUUAAGCCAGUUUUGUAACUUAUUACGUUGUUGCACAGUUGAUUAUCAACAUGGCUCAGCUCUGCAAGCCCAGAGAUGGGGAACAACUGAAACUGAAACCUGUAGUUCCAACUUUAGCUGGAAUUUCCAAGGAGAAUAAUAUAGGCUGAUGAUCAAUACCUUCCUAUUUCAUCUGUGAUUUUCAAAAGAAAGUCUCCUUUUUUUUCUUUUUUUUUUCUUUUUUUUCUUUUUUUGGGGCAAGAAAGCCAGUGUUAGAUUAGCCUUUGUAUUUUUUGACAAGCAUAUGCUCAGUUUUGAGUUUAACCAUGUCUCAGAUUUGUUAGCACUUUAGUAUGUUAACUGUUCAGCAUUCAUGCAUAUGUCCAAUGCAAUUAUCUUCUCCUCACCAGUCUGGUGCCAGAGGAACACCUGUUCUCAAUUUUAGGAUUUUUAUUACUGUAGAUUAACAAGAGCCAAAAAAACCCCCAAAACUGUUUUACAAUUAUUACUAUUUUUGUUUACAGUUGGAUUUUAGUAAAGUCAUUUAAAUUCAGAGCUUGAAAACAGGUCAUAUGUGAGGUGAGUAAAUAAUAGUAUGCUUCUUUUGGCCAAGCGCAGCCUUGGUAGACUUCAGAAUGGACUUGUACUUACUACAGGGAAAUAUUUUUGUUGUGGAAAUAAAAUCCUUUUUUUACUUGUUAAAGUUUAGCAGCAGUGUAGAUAGAUAGAUUUAACAAACCAAUGAACCUGCUUGUGAAUUUUUAAACUACAUACAAUUCAGCAGUUUGGAUUGUAUCAUGAAUAGCUGCAAUAAUCAGAUGGUUGUACUUAAUAUACUCAGUUAACAGCAGUAUGUUUGUAUUUCUAAAAAUCUUACCUUCUCUUUGAGGCUGGCAGGCAAAAAGGACCUUUGAGAACCCCUUUUAAAAUGACCAUAAAUACACUGAUUUCAAGAGACAAAUUUGUUGUAGCAAGCGUUUCUUCACCUACACAUAGGUAACUCUUGUACUGUUACCUUAGGUUAAUGUGCAUGACUGGUGACAUAAUUUCAGGACAGGGUAGGCAUUCAUUAAAUGAGUGGGACUGUUUUUGAUACAGUUUGUACUUGCAAAAAGGAAACAGUUAAUACUUGUCCCCAAGUUACUAUCAGAUCAUAUUUGACAAACAUGCCGCUAUUUUGACUGUUCUUUCCUAUAUAAUAUUUUUGUAGUGUAUAAUCAUUGUUUACAGGUCAUCUGAAAAUUUGACAGUGGUCCUGAAAACAGUGAAAAGUAUCAAGUAUCUUGUUCUUUCCUUUGAAAUAAUUUCUAAAUCUGUUGUUAGAUGCUAAGUUCUAGUUCUUACACAAAAAGUCACAGAAUGUUAACACUUUGUAAGAGAUCGUCUUAUGGCUACUUAUUUUGUAAGGGAGUGGAAAAAUACCAUCAUCAGUUUCCCAUACAGUAACCUGACACAGUGUUAAUGUUAAAUGACAUUUUUGAUUUAUCUUUCAUAUUACAGCUUUCAGUGAAAGUAGCUCUUAUUGAAGGUUUCAUAAAUGAUUUUUUGAUUAUCCUUUUAUCUUGUGAACAGAGGCAUAGCUAUUAUUUUUUACAACUUUUGAUAAUCACCUUUUAUAUAUGCAUGUAAGCUUGUUAAUGAAACUAUGUAUAAGUUUGAUACUCACAAAAAAUGAAUUCUACAUAAGUUGUCACUAGUUCUGCAGUGUUAGUCAGAUAUUCGUUACCAUACUAACUGUUGUGAUAGGGGUCUUUGUGCAAAGAUUAUGAAGUUUAAAAAAUCAAAGGUAUUUUAAGAAAGUUCCAGAGAUUUCCUGCUUGAAGCAGAUUGGUAAUGUGUUCAAGAUGCCUUGCUUAGGUAAAAUAUCUAACAGAUUUGUGCAACAGCUAAGCUGUAUUAAAUCAGUGAUUUAGUUCUGAGCUUGUUAGUCACCUACUAUUCAUCUUGUUCUCUAAACUCAGUUUUAACAGAACAUGUAAAAAUCGGAACUAAUGCAAGCCACUGUAGAUUCCCCAGGAAAGAGGAGAAAUUAAAAGUUAAACCUGUAUUUUAAAAGUACGUGACAUGAUUAAAUCCAGUCAAUGCAGUGUCAUAUGUACCAAAGUAUGUGAUUGAAAUCCUUUUCACCUUAAUGUUAUCCGAGUAUCCAAUAUUGUAACUGCAUCUACAAGUUCAACUACUGAAUCUGUUUUGCAUUUUAAAAGCCUUAAUUGUUUAUAUUGUACUAAUGUGUUUCUAAAGACUAUAAAGAAUCAACACUUUCCUGGUAAACUGUUAAGCUAAUUUUGAACAGCUAGAUCAUUUUCAAAGAGAAGACUAAUUCUGUAUUUACAAUACCACUUUUUAUUGUCUAUGUACCACACAGGAAAGACUGCUGAAUUCCAUUAUCUUUUUAAAAGUGUCUUUGGUUAUCAGCUUCUGUAUAGUUUAAGUACCAUAUCCUGUUUAGAUCUAUUUUGGUGAACAGUCUUCUGAAAUGCAUCAUAUGUAAAUAAAUUUAAGUGAGCAAACUUAAAUAAAAGUUUCAUUAAUAAUA